GCUUGAGUUUCGACCAGGGGCAAAACCGUAAUUCGGGCCCGCUCCCAUUAUUAAUUAAAAUUAAAAUAGGGCAGAUAUUCUGCAUUUUCUACAAAGUUGUACGGCUUUCUCCAUCGAUCGCUUUUUAUUUUCCCCUGCUUUCAAGAGCUUUGAGUGUUCUUGUUGUGCAGGCAGGAAGCAAAUUUAGCUAUGAGAAUGAGCUAUAUUUAGGAAACAAAUUCUUGACACGUGAUCGUGAUUGUGUGUGGUGUACCAAAGGACAUGGAAAUCUAGGAGAAAAAGAUAUGAGAAUGAGCCAUGGCGUAUGCAAUGGGACAAAUGUAUUAUCCAUUCAAUUAAAUGUUGCUAACUUAGCAGGUGAACUUGGGGAUAACUUGGCAUCAUUUUCUUUUCUCAAAACGAUAGAUCUGAGUAACAAUCACAUUGGCGGAACCAUCCCAUCCAAUCUGCCAGUUACAUUGCAGAAUAUUUUUCUCUCAGAUAAUGAUAUAACCGGAAGUAUCCCCAGCUCUUUAUCUUCCCUAAGUCAAUUAUCAGCAAUGCCUAUCAAUGGAAACCAACUGACUGGAGAAAUUCCUGAUUCCUUUCAAGGCCUUACAGCAUUGGUUAAUUUUGAUUUGUCAAGUAACAGUUUCAGCGGAGCUUUGCCGUCAUUAAUAGGAAACUUGUCCUCGCUGACCACUCUACAUUUGCAGAAUAACCAGCUUUCUGGAACUCUUGAUGUUCUACAAGAUCUUCCCCUCGCAGAUUUGAAUGUGGAAAAUAACCUGUUUAAUGGGCCCAUAUCUCAGAAGUUGUUUUCUGUUCCCACUUUCAAGAACUAUAGAUUUGGAAUCAGGACUUCACAAGUUGCCUAGGCUAGAAUCAUAAGAGACUGGACCAUAUACGUUGGACUGUUUUGAAAGGAAAUGGGUAAGAUCAAGAGCUCUUUUUUUUAUUCCCCGUGGUAUUUCUUACUAUGAUUAUACUUCUCCAUUACGGUCAAUUUUUCUCACUGAAAUAGAUACUGAUUCAUCCUAUUUUUUCGAGGGUUUCAUAAUUGGACCUUGAACCCCUUUCAUAUGAUGGGAGUUGCCGGUGUAUUUGGCGCUGCUUUGCUAUGCGCCAUUCAAGAAUAAAAAAAGGGAGAGGGUGUGGGGAGAAAUGACAAGAAGAUAUUGGAACAUAAAUUUGGAAGAGAUGAUGGAUGCAGGAGUUCAUUUUGGUCAUGGUACUAGGAAAUGGAAUCCUAAAAUGGCGCCUUAUAUCUCGGCAAAGCGUAAGGGGGUGGGGUUUUGCAGUGUAAAUACUACUGUUCAAUAUGGUUGGCUUUUUAAAUGCACUUGACGCUACUUUUGGUACUGCUUCCGUGCAUCUUCACUGCUGCUCGACUUUUGCUUUUGCUCUAUCCAUUUUGAAAAUAGUCAAAAACACUAUCAGUGCACUACCAGAUUUUCAAGGACGGCUCUUUGCUUUCUCAUCUGGAUGUUGUCAGUAUUUUGCUGAACUCUCUCUUCAAUGUUCUUCGGCUUCUUUUCCAUUGUACUUCUGAGCUAUUGUGUGCUGCUUCGUCCGAUUUUCUGGUACUUUUUGCCAAACACUACUCAGAACUAGCCUACGAAGAAAGCAGCACACAAGACGCAAUGUCAUAUCCAUGAUGUAGAUAGUAUAGCAUGUAAAUAGUUUCUAUGUAAAUUAUGCAGCAAUCAAUGUAUGUAAACAACAACAUAACACUUGCCAACCAUAAUAUCCAUAAAUCAUGCUAUUUCAGCUUCUGUUCA